UGUGACAGCUCAGAGCUGUCCACGUCAACACACCGAGCGAGCACGGCGGCAGGCGGCAGCGAUGGACUCCACGUCUCUGGAACCUUCUCUCUACACAGUGAAAGCUGUUUUCAUUCUUGACAAUGAUGGCAACAGACUUCUGUCAAAGUACUAUGACUCUGAGCUUUACCCCUCCAUGAAGGAGCAGAAGAACUUUGAGAGGAACGUUUUCAACAAGACUCACAAAGCAGACAAUGAGAUAGCUUUCCUGGAGGGGAUGACCAUCGUCUAUAAGAGCAGUAUAGAUCUCUUCUUCUAUGUGGUGGGAAGUGCUCAGGAGAAUGAGCUGAUGCUGAUGUCCGUACUGAACUGCCUGUUUGACUCCCUCAGUCAGAUUCUCAGGAAAAAUGUGGAGCGCAGGUGUUUACUAGACAACAUGGAAGGAGUUUUCCUUGUUGUGGAUGAAAUCAUUGAUGGAGGGGUGAUCCUGGAGAGUGACCCCCAGCAGGUGUUACAGAAGGUCAACUACAGGGCGGAUGAAAACCCACUAACUGAACAAAGCGUGGCCCAGCACAUAACAGAGAAACUGGCUCUGACCACUAACGUUCUGCAGUCGGCCAAGGAGCAGAUCAAAUGGUCCAUAUUGAAAUGACUCGGACCAGACAAAUUUAGGAUUCUUAAGAAUGUUCUAGAGAACAUUUCUAGUCCCAAAGCUAUUUUUUAUAGUAACAGACUAAAGGGAAGAUCGUUACGCGGCUGCUGGCCUGUAGGCUGCAAUUAACAAGUCAGUCAUAGGAUUUUGUUUCUCUGUGCGAUGGUAUUUUGUUACAUUGUGUGUGACAUGUAAUUAAUUUAUGUGGUUUGAGAGUGAUGUUAGGACACACUCAUGUAGCAAUGUCAUUUAACAGGCCAGCUGACACCAGACACUAAUGAAAAGUGGAGGCUCAGAUAGUUUUAUGGUCCAGCUGUGCUUCAGCAUAACAGUUAUCCACUUUGAAACUAAUCAAUAAGAAUAUUGGAAGAGUGAGUAGCGAUCAGUUUCUGUUACUUUUAUUUUGGUGGAGCUGGAUCUUCCACCCUCAUUCACUCAGACCUGAAGUGGCUAUAUGUGUUGCAUAUUAGGUAAAUGCAUUUUACACAAUUUUAUACACAGAGAAUUGUUUUCCCCCAAAAUAUUUCAUCUGCUAAUAGUUUUGGAACAAUCUUGUUGCAAAAAUUGAGAACUCAACAAUGCUGCAUGCUGUAAAAUGUUCCUAUUCGUUAGUCAGUGUAGAAGUGUGUUAUCUUCAGUGGACUGUGUCAGCAUGCACAGAACUUAUCAUGUCACAUUGUGUGGACAUUCUGAAAAGUAAGAGUUGACACAACACUACUGCAGCAAAUAUCUGCAAAUCCAAGCUGAAAGUUGAAACAAAUUGGCUGUACAAAUGUUACAAAAUGAGAAAAUGAAGUUAUGAUUGGAACAAUGUCAUUUAAAAACACACACGCUCUGACAUCACUUGUGCACUGAAAUGCUCAGUUGAAUACAUUUUGGGUUGUGCCAGUUGGCUCCUUAAACAACACUGCUUGUAAAGCUUAUUUAAAGACUGUAAAGGAAUAGUGAUGCUUUAUGACACUAAACAAAUGUUAGCAGUAUGUGUGUCACAGAAGAGGCAAUAUGUUACUUUUGCACUGUAUGGAAUUCCCUCAUGAAGGUAAAUUGAUAUCUGUACAUCUUUACAAUGAAAGGGAAACGGGAUUUUGUGGCCAGGGUUAUAAAAUAAUGUCUAUUUUAUUGGUAUAAUGAGAGUAAAAGAUGUUAAUAGAUAUUAAAUAAAUAUUUUCAUAGUUGAAAAACAGAAAUAAGCCAAAGACAAACUUGAUUAUUUUGUUAACAUUUGGAUGUUGAAGCUAACAUUUUUGUCUGAUUUGGGGCAUUUUGUCUGUGCGCCAUUUGUGAGACUGAUAAUAAAACUGUCCUGG